AUGGAAGCGCAAUUCAAGGAUUUGUGGACUUGCGGUUUCUUUUUGUCCAAGGAACCGUACAAGGAAUUAGCCAUAAAAUGUUUUAUGUGCGACAGAUUGUUUUACGCCAUUCGAGCAUUUCAAAAACACUUGGCGCUCAUACAUUUGGACGAAGAAGAAGAAGAAAUAAAUAAGCCGGUCUCAAUAAAAAAAAGUCCGUUGAAUAACGAUCCCUAUUUGGGGCUCUGCGAAGUUGAGACUGCAGAACAGCAUGCUGAAGUUGUUAGAAAAAUAAAUACUUGCGACAGGUUAGAGGAGGAAGAGAUUUCCUACGAGAAUUAUUUUGCUGAAAAACUUGAAUACCCUAUUACUGAAUCAAUUCUUGAGCCUAUCCAACAAGCAACUACUGUGUCCACAGAGGAUAUUAUUUGUGAACAGUCAAAGAAUCAGGGGCAGUGCAAAAAAUUCAAAAAGCCCGCCUCCAAGACUAAAACGGAUGACUUUGUUUGUGAAAAAUGUGGACUCAUAUUUAAGGAGCUAUUUCAGCUACAGGAACAUCAACGCAGUGCACACGAGCAGCUGCGUCGUUUCUUAUGCAGAAAGUGUCCCAAGACGUAUGCUCGCAAGACCCAUUUGAAUGAUCACAUGCGUUCCCAUUCGCAGCAGCGCGACUUUGUCUGCAACAUGUGCGAUAAGGCGUUCCGACGCUCCCAGGAACUGACCCGCCACAAGCUACGUCACCAGCCGGCGAAGAACUACAGCUGCCAGCGAUGUGAUGCUAAGUUUCGCCAGCAUUCGGGCUUGUAUUAUCAUGUUAAGAUUAAACAUAGCACGCACAAGGUAAAAGCGGGCGCAUGCUAG